AUGGCUCAAGGUUCGUUCUGGGAGCAGAUGAGAGGGUUUCCAACACAGCAAUUAACAUUGUUAUGCUUGAUCCGACUAGGCGAGCCCAUGGUGUUCACGUCGAUCUUCUCCUACAUCUUCUUUAUGAUCCGGGACUUUGGCAUUGCCAAAACGACAGCUGAGAUUGCAACUUAUGCCGGGUACUUGCUGGCGACAUUUGCGAUUUUCCAGUUUCUAUUCUGCUUGCAAUAUGCCCACGCCUCUACCAAGUUCGGCAGGAAACCCGUGUUGUUGUUUGGAGUCAUCGGGACCGCGGUGUCGACUUUGGUAUUUGGAUUCUCGCGCAAUUUCACCAUGGCUAUGGUAGCUAGGUCGAUGAUGGGUGCAUUGAACGGGAACAUCAGCGUGCUUCGAGUUGCCAUUGGCGAAGUUGCCACGCAAAAGAAACAUCAAAAUAUUGCGUUUUCGGCACUUGCGGUGAUGUGGGGGGUGGGGUCGAUUAUUGGGCCGUUGAUUGGUAGUUCGCGGUUGUUCACAAGACCCAAGACACAAAUGGCCGCGGGGAAUGAAUCUGGGUAUGAUGCGUUUGUUGAGCUGUACCCAUAUGCCAUGUCGAAUAUAGUUCUCGCGGGUUAUUUGCUUUUUAGUUUCAUUUUGGCGUUUUUAUUUCUUGAAGAGACGGCGCCUGAGUUUAACAAGAGAAGAGAUUACGGAUUGGAGAUUGGAGACUUUCUUUUGAAGAAAAUGGGAUAUAAAGUUCAAAGUCGCCAUGGAUACCGAGAAGUCGAUGAAGCCGAACGUGAAGUGUUUGUUCGUGAAGAUCAGAUAUAUGAAGCUGUGGAAGAAGAAGAAGAAGAAGAAGAAGUUGAAAGUGAGUUGUUGUCGCGCAGGUUUGGCGACGCAGCUCGUCGGCGCUACUCUUCGGAACCGCUCGGACUCGGACCAGUGAUUUCGUCAGAUUCAAGAUCCAUCGUGUCCGCAAACGCCAGAUCGUCAUUCACCAAGGAAAUUUUGACUACUCCCGUGGUACAAACUGUGCUUUCAAACUUCUUAUUCUGUUUCCACACCGUGCUUUACUCGGAGUUUUUCCCCGUUCUCCUCGCUAGUCCUUUGGCUUCCGAGAAAAUCCAUUUCCCAUUUACAUUAGUUGGAGGGUUCGGAUGGGAGACAGACGAUAUAGGCCACCUAUUAUCGUCGACGGGUAUAGUAGGCACAAUCGCUGUGGUGGUACUUUUCCCCAUUUUGGACCACCAUUUGAAAACAUCCACCAUCUUGAUCCUUUCAUUUUUGUUGAUGCCAGUGGUGUACGCGUCGAUCCCCUAUAUUAUGUUCACGGGCCAAUGGUCGACUUUUUGGCUCUACUUUGCCAGUUUGACAAAUACGAUCUUGGCCUCGGUGGGAUUCCCCGUGAGCAUGAUUCUCAUCCACCGCGCGUCGCCUGAAAAGCAUAGAGCGUUGAUCAAUGGCGCCAGUAUAAGCCUCAACUCGCUCGCAAGAGGCAUAAGUCCGAUUCUUUUUGGGUAUUUUAUGACCUGGUGCAACGAAAAGGAAUUGGGAGGCGUGCCUUGGCUUGUGUUGGGGUUGCUUGCCCUGGUAUGUUUGCUACAAUCGUUUGCAAUGAAGGACUACGACGAGGAAGAGCAAUGA